AAUUAGCUCUCCGUCAUCCUGCUCGCUGAGCGCACCCGAGGCUACUGCGGUAAGAUGCGGCGACGCACGAAGCCGAGCCGCGAUGGAUGAAGUGAUGCGCAAUGGCCGAACGAGGAGAGAGGAGAGAGACUAAAGAAGAGACACAAAAGGACUCACCGUGGUGCUCAGGUCUGAUUUAGAUGAUGGGACAGAGCUGGAUGCGUGUUUGAGGGAUUUGGCUCCAGUGGUGCAGGCCGAGAGGAAGGAUGUGAUCCCGCUGAAGGAUGCUCCAGAGCCCGAGGAGGGAAGAAAAGGCUUCUCCUGUAAACAACAAGGAGGCAGAGAGACAUCAAGGGAAGGACACUUCUUUUAAACCCUACAGAGGAGACCAAGAGGCAUCAAAUUAGGUUGUUCUGUGACAGCUGAGUCAGUCCUCGUGCUGACAAGGGAGGGCGGUGAAGCUCUGAAGUUGGCGUCACUGAGCAUCAGUUUUGUAGACAACAAACUUCUCAUUAUCCUCUCUAUCAUCAGCUCUGACAGCUGGAUGUCUGACCUGGGCGUUUGUUUUCUUCGUCAGACUUUCAAACUCGAGGAGCGAUAAAAGGAAACAGAAACACAAAUCCAAAUCACCGUCAAAGAAAGAAACAGACUCUGUUUUUGUGUGAGAACGUAGAUGUUGUCAGAAUGAACUGUUAACACAUGAGCUCUCUCUCAGUGGAUGCUUCCUCUAUAAGAGUAUUUCCUCUUUUUCAUAAUGCUUAGUGUCAUUUUUCCAAACUUUAAUCUUUUAACGUUCGAGCUGUUAGACUCACAAUCAAGUACAGCAUCCUGACGGUGCAGCUCUCACCUGACAGGCGACCUUUAAUAAAGGAUAAGAGAGCACAGAACAAUAAAACAUAAAUGAGGCCAACAACCGGCACCAUGCUCCAGCAGAAUAACAACAACAACUACCCGUGCCUCAACAUGUCAGGCUCCACCAGGGACAUGCUCCAGAAGUGCUCCAGAACCUCCCUGCCUUUCCCGGGCAGGAUGGAGCUGGGCCUGGGAGACCUGCCCCUGAUCCGGGAGCUCAGAGCCUGGGCCCUGUGCUCCAAGAACCGCAGGAAGCCUGGAGGUCUUCUGGGAGGAAGUCAAGCCCCGAUAGUUCCCCCUGCAGGCCGAGGAGGAUCUGCGCCCUGCUCCCGGCCUACUGAUGUGUACCUGAGCGGGGAGUGGGGUCGCAUGGGGUACGGGCUUCCCUUGGGGCUCGAUGGAGGCCAGGCUGGGAUUGGUGCUUUGGUUACAGUCGCCACUCUGAAGACUUCAGAGGGCAGCGGGAAGACCCAGACUCAAUGUCUCUUCCUCAGGACUGAGAAAGGUAGCUAUUUGUACUCGACAGCCAAACCCGGAUCUGGUGUGAGCACCAGUGCGGCCGCCAGUGUGGUCGGAGGAUGGCUGAGAGGGAAGACAAGAAGCAGAGACACGCCAGCUGGGAGGAGGGACAGCGGGCCAACUCCUCCGGCACAGACUGGAGCAAACCGGGUUAGAGUGCGAUCAGGCCGGAGAUGGAGGAAGUCCUGUAAUGCUGCAGGCCGGGAGAAAACAGGCGUGAGCAGAGAGCUGCGAGGGAGCAGCGGGGAGGAUCCUGCUGGAGAAAUCAUUCUGGAAGAAAGGCAGGAAGAAGGAGACAAAGGAGGCCUGGACUUGAAACAGCCUCCCAGCCCACAACGGGACAACAGGAGAGCGUGCAGAAGUCCUAGAUGCUGCCACAAUGAUUCCCCCAAAACCUGCGCUCAGUGUGCGAGGAGAGCUCAGAAGAGGGAAAACCAGGAUGAAAACCAGAAAGCUGAAAGUCCAAGAAGAGGCCGGCUGAACGGUGAGGCGAAGGGAAUGAGGAAGGAGAGGCAGAAGAACGAGGAGGAGGAGGAGGAGGGAGGUGUCUGCAGGUUGGAGUCAUCUAGCUCUGUUUUGGCUGUACCAAACCCUGACCUAGAAUCCAACCACUACAACCCAGAAUCCCUCGGCGGCUGUGAUGUUGAAGAGAUUAGAGAGGCUGAGAGGGAUGAGAAAAGCUCUCACAUCAAGGACGACUCGGAGAAAAGGGAGGAUUCAGACUCUGAGGAAAUGAAAGUAGAGACUGGAAACAAUGAUGUAGUUCAUGGCCGGUCUGCUGAUGACUUUUCAUCAAGACAUAUCAGAGAUCCUAAUCACAGAGAGCCAGGUGAAAUACUCUGUGAGGAGAAAGACACUAAUGUGAACGGAGCUGUGGACACGCAUGACGAGCCAGAGGAAGAGAAAGAGAAGGAUGGCGGCUUUGGUGAGACUCCGGCUGACUAUUGUGAGGAUGUCUCUGUGUCCACCUGCCCUCCUGAGCCCACUGCUCCUGUAAAGGGCAGCACCUGCAACGCUGAGCACAAGACUCGUGUUUGGUGGGAGAAAGAGAACAAAAAAGAGGAUGACUCUGAAGGGGUGGCAGGUGAAGAAGGAGAGGAUGUUUGCAGAUUUGAGCCACAAGAUGUGAACUGUGAGGAGAACACUGUGAAUGAGGACGGAGAACCUCAGCUUUUCUUUAAAGAUGUAGAAAACAGGAGCAAAAAAGAAGAGGGGGGAGCUCCAUCUUCAAUCCCAGGAACCUUCAGCUCUGAGGCAGAGGUAGCAGAAAAGAUUUGCAACUACGGUAGGAUUGGAGAAGAGGAGACAGAGGAGAAGGAGGAGAGAGGAAGUCAGGAGAAGGGGGACACUCUGGAUAGAUUUUGUAAAGAGGAUGACGACAAAGAGACGGAGCAUGAUACAAAAAGUAGCAGACAGGAGGAUGAUGAUGAAGAAGAAGAAAGAAAGAACUGGAGGUUACAGGAGUCUGCAGCCGGGGGGAAGAGGAGGGAGGAGGACGAGGCUGGAGACACCUGUGGACAAACAAGCAUCACCCAUGUUGGAGCGAACGAAGAGAGCAGCACUAACGUCACUAAUGUUCCCUGUGCUGAUCCCUCCACCUCCAUUACAGUCCUCCUGGCUAAUCCUGCCCCCUCUCUGCCCCCCUUGGGAUCCAUGGCAACCGGCCUGCCCUGUCUGGAGGCGGAGGAGGAGGAGGAGGUGGUGGUGGAGAGAGAAGGGGCCGAAGUGACGGUGGAAGACGGGGAAGGAGGCCAGGAAGGGAAGAGGAGGCACGGGAGAGAGCUGGAGGAGCAGGGCAAGGAGGAGACCGUGGCCACUGAAGAGGAGAAGAAAGAGGAGGAGGAGGAGGAGGAGGAGGAAGAGGAGGAUGAGUUUGGAGUAUUCAUGCAGGCGGAGGGAGAGCCAGCCUGGAGCGAGGGAUCCAGCAUGUCUGCCUCAGUGCCUUGUGGGAGCAGAGGGAGCGUUGCACUUGGGAACAAUGCCAACCCAGGAGAGUCGACACACUGGACCCCAGGCUGGACAGACAGCUCAUCUCACCAAUCAGACGACACCUGGACGGCCUUUCCUCAGGAUUCCUCAGACGAUGGCCGAGACGCGGUGGGACAGUGGUGGCCGACCAGCGCCGUGGAGCAGGGCAGAGACGGACUCUUGGCCAAUCAGAAUCUGGCGUCGGUCUUUGCUGAGGCCUUCCCCUCGCUCCAGUCCUCAAGUGACCUGGAUUCUGUUCCCACCCUGACCCAGAUCCUCAGAGGCGGAGCAGACCAGGACCAGGGCCUGUUGGACAGUUUCCACGACUUGAACAAAAUGAUUUGUCAGAGAUACAAGAGAGCGAAUGGCGUGUCUCGUGACCUGCUGCUGAAGACUUUACAUCUGGAGCCGCCGCCGCCGCACGCUGAGGUCAGACCUGCUCCCCGGACAGCCAAUCGCAGACUCUCCCCAGGCCUCCCCUCGGCCAAUCAGCACGCCCAGAACGCCGCGGCGAAGCGACGUCUGUCAUAUGACUACAACAGAAACAUCAUGGAGUAGCUGAGCGGCGUCAGCUCUGUCUGGAUUGUGAUUCUUUUUACGUUUAACCUGAAGAACUUGCAGGUUCAACCCGAGCAGGACAGAACGACCGCACGUUUCUGGAAACACAGGAUUCACACCACGUGAUCGAUCCGCUCGCAAAGAACCGAGCAAGCUUUCGGCUCUUUGCACUUCCUGGUUAUUAAAAGCCCGAGCCGGUGACGAGACGUAACCUGGACAAACCUGGAUUCAAAUAAAAAGGACUCUUUCAGUUGUGAUUCAGACGUUGUCUCCUCCAGCUCCUGUUGAUGUUAAACUGCUGGAGUGUUUCCAUUACACAUCCUGUGUCACCGUGUUCACCACCACAACCUCCCAUUUUCAUUCUCCUGCUCUGCUGUGAGGACAGCAGGAGGUCAGAGAUGUUAAAACAUGAACUUUGAAAGCACUCACACUGGAAGAAGAGUGAAGAAUAUUUAGAUUUAACUGCAUCAACCAUGAAACCCCCCCUCGUUGAUUUUUAUCUUAGAGGAUUCUGUGUCAGAGCUGCUGUUCUGGCAGAAAUGAUCUCAUUGUUUGAAUCUUUAUGGUUAGUUUUUUGCUCAACAUUGACAUUUAUUCAAGUUAAAGUUAAACAUCACAUUAUGUCUGCUUCUCUGUGGUGACAGAAAUCAGUGCUCAGCGAGGUCAGCUGUGCUCUGAUGCAGGAAACGAUGGCAAGUCCGGACAUGCAGAGUCAGCAGGGCUGCUGGAACUUAGUCCUUUCCUCUCUUUUCUACUCCACAGAUCUUUUUCUUUUUGUUGGUGUGUUUCACUAAAGAUUAGAUAGGUUUGUUAGGUUUGUAGCUUAAACAAUGAGACAGAGCAGCUCUGAUAGAAAGAGUCGUAGAUUUGGUGAUGUGUUCAUGUUGUGUAGAAAUUAAGCGGAGCAACAAGCAUCAAGGAUUUCUGUUACAGCUUAGAAUCAUUGUAGUUAUUCAGAUGUUCAAAAUCAGAGUCACUGAGGAUGAUCUUUCUACACUAUUUAUCCCUGAGCUGCAAGUUAUGAAACCUUUUUGGUAAAGUUUACACUCAUGACAUUAGGUUUGAAUUAGCCACUGUGAAAUCCAGUAUCAAGCAAUCCUUUAUUAUUUAGUGCCGAGUCUGGAGACUGAGAAAAAAGAGCGAGAGUAAGCUCAUACUGACACAUAUCCACAUGGAUGUUUCAUCCCAUCACAUGACUCUUCUUAUUUUUGCUGUCACUGUAUUUACAUAAUAUGUUAACUUAGUGACCACCAGUCAACAUCUCCCUCAGUAACCUGUAAGAGGCUGUUUGAACACCACUUCUCUCUGUCUCUGGAUUCCUUUUCCUCCUUCCUUUCUCAAUGAUAGACAUGACAGGAAACCCUGUGACCACUCUGCUGAGGAAGUGUCCAGAAUAAGUUGUAACUUGCAGAAAGCUGAAUCUUAAUUUUUUCUGUGUUACAUUUAGCAAAGUGAUGCAUGUGCUUUUUCGUCGUGUACUUGCUCCAUAAAGCCGACGACGACACCGACCGACUCUUAAAAAAUUUGGGGUUUCUCAGAGAAACAGAUUUGUCUUCCAGUUAGUGCCAACAGGAACACCAGUGAAAGUGCCAAUGUUUACAAGGUUACACAAGAGGAGCCGACACAUUCAGGAGGAAACGCAGCCUCGUGUUUCACAGACACACUGAAGUGGACUCACAAACAAAAUGUUGGCAUGUGAUGUUUGUUUGCUUUCUGCCUCUUCUCUUCAGCGAGUACACUUCUCGGGCAUAACUUGAAUCAAGCUGCCAACAAUAUUUUUAUGAGGAUAUUGUUCACGUUCUUUCCAUGUCGAUGAUACACUGUACAUGUUUUGAUUUAGACUUGCAUCCACAUAUAUCACCUCCAGUUUGUUUGGCUUUACGUUGUAACUUCACCUGUUGACUCGAUCAUUUGUGAUGAUAUUCAGAAACAAUCAUGUGUCUUUGUGUGUCUGCCAUCCGUGCAAACUAAACGUCCUCGAGAGGAAGAUUUCUGAUCUGGGGAAGGAGGAGUUGUCGCCUUGUUAACUGAUGUAAUAAAAUGAUACAGUGUGAUGGAU